CUGUGGCUUGAUUGGCUCACUGUAAUCCCAUAAAAUGUACCAUGGUUCCCAGUUCGCUUACUUACCCUUCGCUCCGUCUACAGAAACAACGAUCGUCUGCUUAUGAGUAGCAGACGACACUGCUUUCUUUUCUCCUUUCUGAUGAGUUUCUCAUCUUGCCAUUCCAGAUGCCGGACAUACCCAUUGUUCUCUCGGCCCUUCUCGUGUUAUGUGCGAAACAGACAACAGCAAAUGGUGUAUUCGAGGUGAAGAUCAGAGCUCUUUACAACGACCGAGGUCAGACAGCCGACGGAAACUGCUGUUCUGGCACUCAGACAACUUCGUCAUGUUCCGAGGAGUGUCGGAUAUUCGUGUCUGUGUGCUUGUUGCACUUCCAGAACCCUAUCCCCCCGUCCCCUGCCUGCACGUACGGGAGUGAGGUCACCCCGGUGAUAGGGGGUAACACCAUCGGGGUGGGGAACGAGCUCGGCGACGGACCGUACAUCAUCAGAGUGCCGCUCACGUUUCUAUGGCCGGAAUCCUUCGCCGUGCUGGUUGAAGCCUGGCACGACGCCCACGGCAAUGAGAGCAGAGCAGAUCCUAGGAACCUGGUGAUACGUACAGGUAGAGCUGGGAAGAUCAAGCCAUCGACAAUCUGGAAGAACGAGUCUCAGAUAACGAUGACGGCAGACAUCCGCUACAGCUACCGCGUCAUCUGUGACCCCCAUUACUAUGGCGACGGCUGUGACCGGCUCUGUCGUCCACGGGACAAUACGUUCGGACAUUAUCACUGCGACAGGAACGGCAGCCGUAUCUGCAUGGACGGCUGGGUCGGCGAGUUUUGUGAUAAAGCGCGCUGCACAGACGUUUGUUUAGAAUCUCAUGGUUUUUGUGACAGGCCCUAUGAAUGCAAAUGUCGCUUCGGAUGGAGGGGAAGUAACUGCGACAAGUGCGUGACGUUCCGGGGGUGCCUACAUGGCACGUGUCACGAGGCGUGGCAGUGUCUGUGUGAGGACGGCUGGAGCGGAUCACUCUGUUCUAUAGACAACAACUACUGCGCCUCCUACCAGCCCUGUCUCCAUGGUGGCACGUGCAACUAUGAUUCUGUCAGCAACUUCACGUGCACGUGCCCUUCCGGUUAUACCGGAAACCGAUGUCAGUUUGAAACCUGUUUCCGUGGUUACUGUCUCAAUGGCGGUGCUUGCGAGGAGAGCGCGGAGGGUCGAACUUGUAGAUGCCGGCGAGGCUUCCAAGGUAGGCGGUGUCAACACAAGGAAGUCACCUGUGGAGAACUAUCCUGCCGGAACAACGGCACGUGCAUGAGAGAAUCACGUCACUGGCGCUGUCUCUGUCCUCCUGGUUUUACCGGGCUCCGGUGUGAAGUCGAAAUAAACGAGUGCGAGUCUUCACCGUGCAGAAACGGCGGAUUGUGUCGGGACCGAGUGAACGGCUACCACUGCGAGUGCCCGGAAGGCUACGCCGGCAAGAUCUGCGACUACGUCUUCAACGCAUGCCAAGGUUUCGAGUGUUUUAAUGGCGGAACUUGUCGAAUCUUAGGGCAAUACACUCCAAAAUGUUUUUGUCGGGAAGAAUUCACGGGUUACCGCUGCGAGACCCCUCUGAAUCCAUGCUACGGGAUUACCUGCCUACAUGGAGGAACUUGCAAGAAAAUCAACGAGCUGACAUUUGAGUGCGCAUGCGCACCGGGAUAUACCGGAAGUCUCUGCCAGAGACGAGACACGGAGACCUUGUGUGAGAAUUCACCAUGUCGGAACGGCGGAACGUGUAAAUCCUACACCGAUUCGUUUCUGUGUAUAUGUGAACCCGGCUUUGAGGGGGAACUUUGUGAAACGUCCCUCGCAUCUGACGAACCCUGGGGUAACUCAAUAACGGAUGGAAAACACCCAAAUAAUGUACAAGCUCUAGGAAAUAGUGCCUCGAGACAUUCAACAAGUGUUCCUAUCUUAUUGUCUAUGGUGGUUUCGAGGACAUUGUUUCUGGUUUCAAGAAGGUAGGGAAAGAAGAAUAUUAGGAUUAUAAAUUGACUUGAGAAAAUGUUCGUGAGGGGUGUUUUUCAUGUCUUAUUAAGAAACAUUCUUGCAAGUAUGUGUACCGGACAGACCAGUAGCUUGUGCCUACAAGGACCCCGGCUCUGAUGAACGUCCACAAGAGCAGAACAAAUUUACAAAAGAUAGAGAAGCAAAUACAGAUCAAUUAUUUGUAUUUAUUGCAUGAUGAAAUGUUUCAUCGUGUCGGGACACAUGUGGUGGUUGUGGUUACCGUAUUCCCUCAGCUGUUUGCUCGUUUAAUAUCGGAAUAUAUGCAUAUCGCACCUGGCCUACAGGUCAUCCAAAAGUCUGCCAAGGCUGUAGAAUUUACAUCGAAAUUUACAUUUCCACCUUAUUGCGAGUCAUAGAAUAUUUGUAAGAAAUUAUAUGUCAAUAAUUUCUUAAGUAUCAUUUAAUUCUUAAUUACAUACCUCCAAAUGUAUAUGGUUUCAUCGAUAGUGGACUAUUUAAACUUGGAUCCUAGACUGAAAACAAAAACUCGUGCUGAGGCCGCCAUCUUGUUUUCCAAAACCUUUACCGAUGUUUGUUUUCGAUCUGGAUCAGGGGAUACGGUAACUACAGCUAGUGACAGUAAGGGGCCUUGUUUGUGUUACCCAGGAUUACAUUCAGAUAAGUUAACUUUACUUAUUGAAAAUUCGUAUGAUUUGAUAAUACAAUACAGUAAAAUUCCAAUGACGUUUACUGGUUAAUGGUUGGUUUGAAGGUGUUUAACGCCGCACUAUUGCAACUAUAUGGCGGCGGUCUGUAAAUAAUCAAGUCUGGACAAGACAAUCCAGUAAUCAACAUCAUGAGCAUCGAUCUACGCAUUUGGGACCCCGACCUGUUAGUCGCCUCCUCCGACAAGCAUGGGUUGCUGAAGACCAAUUCUAGCCCGGAUCAUCACGGGUGUACUAGUUAAUGACGUUAUGUUGCGUGAUCGUAUUCUGUGACUGGCUGGUAGUAUUAUCGAGAGCGCAGUACUUCACCAACUCAUUAAGUUUAAAUAUCCUAGUUAUGAUACUUUGCGUGGUUGUGAGAGAAUUAUGAAGUGUUACGAAUGUUGUUUCCUUUGUAAUAUUUGGUGUUUUCUUCAUGUUAUUCAUUUUAUUUGAGAGAUUCAUUGUUGUCUCCCAUUGCAGAUGACGUCAUCAUUACGUCAUAAUACACUCAUCUCAUCGUUGACUAUGACGUAGGCAUGCGUCAUAAUACCUGUAAUUUGUACAGUGAUUCACGUAUACUCAUUAGACAAUUGUACAUUUACCAUGUAUAUACUGUUGUUUUUCACAUUUAACCUUGUAGUAUUUAUUUGAUAAGGAUCUUAAGAUACGUAAAAUAUCAUUAAAUUCAGUUCGAAGCAUAGUUUUUGCGAAACCUAAAUAAAUGAUGGAAUAGAUGAUAUUAAAACCGUGACAGCUAUAUUGAAGUCGGAAGCUAGUUCUACACAAUAUUGUUUGAAUAUCUGCUACAUGCUUUGCGAAUGUGAUGUAAAUAUUCUUUAGUCAGCGAAAUGAUAUACUAUUAGUCAGUUAAGAGGUCUUUAACAGGAACACAAAAUGUAAAAUUGUUAAAAUAUACAAUUUACAACGAUAUCGUUUGAACGAACGUCGUGAUACUGAAGCGUUGCUAUUUGCAAGUAGUAUCCCUUUGAAUACUGUUUAAACCUUGCAUACACGUUUGUACGGAGUGACGAGACGAUUCUGAAGUUAACAGUGUUUUCUAGAUUAUCCGGAAAUGUUCAAACGCAACACCCUUACACAACUUAGAACCGAGGUGUUUUCCCCCGUCUUUUCGCUCCGCACUCUUCUCUUUGAUAAUACGGUUGGUAAGUUCCUAUAGCUAAGCAUCGAUUUGUAUGGUUCUAACAUAUCUUGUUCACACCGAAACUUAGCUUUUUGUCAUGAGUAAAACAUUGAUACUUGGAAAUAUAAUAUUAUUACAAUGUAUCUACAUAUGACUUGUUCAGGAGGCAAAACUGGUUAUGUUUUAUGUAGUUUUCAGUGACGGCCUGUCGACAUUAAGAUGGCGGCGCUCAACAUCCACGACGCAAUAUACGACGAUUGCUUUUAAUGAGUACAGCGAAGUUGUCAUCUGGUUGGUCAGAAUAGGACAGUCUGGGUAUCGUCUGUCUGAAUUCGUGUACUCACGGUUAAGAGGAUGACACGUCAAAACCCUUCAAAGGCGUAGCAAUGACAGAACGCAAAACGAUAUUAAAAAAUACCCCAAUCGAUCCCCCAAUGACGCAUGGGUUUCUAGGGGCAAUCUGGUCACGCUGUUUCCACACGUACUACCCUCAGCGAAGACCACGAGUGGUGACACCCUCUUACGGACACCACCCCUAUGUUGAUAGAAAAUGCAUACAAAUUACACAAAAAUCUCCCACCCACUCUGUUCUCUUUAUCCCUUGAUAAAGUCUCACCUGCUCUUAUCCAAAUGAUCAAGUCAACUGAGGGGUAUACUUUCUUUUGCUCGUCAGUUUACUUUGGUCGCAGUAAAUAUGUUUUGCUAUCUCUACCUACAUAGUUUUUAGAGAACGUAUAUCCACAUAAAACACGACGGAUGAUAUCAAAUCAAAUCAAACCAAAUGUUUAUUGUAUGAAGGUCAUAGGCCCAUAUACAUGAAGUGUACAUGGUACAGUAUAGGAUCUAUUUAACAAAAGAUUCACAUUUAAUUUCUACUCAUGAAUGCAUAUUUGAAAUAGAACAUUACAGAUUUUAAGUUUUGAUAGUUUGUGGUAGUCAUGAGGCGAACAAAUUGUUGUACUGAAGGGCGAUUUAAAUAUUUAAUUGGUAUGUAUUUCUUUCGAAUGUUCUUUAAGGAUGGACAUAUAAAGGUGAAAUGGUACAGAUCUUCGACGUUGUUUUAAAUUACAAUAUGUACAUACCCUUUCAGACUUUGCAAUUUUA